AUGGGCAAAAAAGGUGGGGUUUUCCGGUAUGCUGACGGCGUAGACAAGCUGCUGAUGUUGGUCGGAACCUUGGGAUGCAUCGGCGACGGCCUCAUGUCUCCACUCAACAUGUUCAUUCUCAGCGGCGUCAUCGACGACUACGCCACGGCCAACCACACCAUCACCAACGACGUCGUCGACAAGUAUUCCCUGCGGCUGCUCUACGUCGCUCUUGGAGUUGGAGUCUCCGCGUUUCUGGAAGGGGUGUGUUGGACGAGAACGGCGGAGAGGCAGACGUCGCGCAUACGAAUGGAGUAUCUGAGAUCGGUGUUGAGACAAGAUGUCGGUUUCUUCGACAACCAGGGUGGUUCUUCCGCCACCUUUGAAGUCGUUUCAAGCAUCUCUGCAGACGCACAUUUGAUCCAAGGUGUCAUAGCUGAGAAGAUACCAAACUGUCUGGUUGAUCUCUCCGCAUUCGUAUUCGGACUGAUUGUCGCCUUCCUUCUCUCGUGGCGCCUAGCGUUGGCUUCUCUCCCAUGUGCCAUAUGCUUCAUCGCCCCGGGAGUGGGGUUCGGGAAGCUAAUGAUGGGCAUCGGAGCUAAGAGCAAAGAUGCGUACGGUGUUGCGGGUGGUAUAGUCGAGCAAUGUGUAUCAUCAAUCCGGACUGUUUACUCCUACGUAGGCGAAUCCCAGACGCUCGAAAGAUUCAGUCAGGCUCUUCUAGAAACCACGAAGCUCGGCAUAAAGCAAGGCUUGGCCAAGGGGCUGAUGAUAGGAAGCAUGGGGACGGUUUUCGCAACUUGGGCAUUUGAAUCUUGGGCUGGGAGCGUUCUCGUCGUUGAAAGAGGCGAAAACGGUGGUCGAGUCUUCAUAGCAGGCGUUUGUGUCGUCCUUGGAGGACUGUCGUGUAUGAGCGCGCUUCCUAACCUCUCAUUCAUUGUGGAGGCUUCAACUGCUGCCACGAAAAUCUUUGAAAUGAUCGAUCGUGUUCCUGGUAUAGACUCAAAUGAUGAUAGAGGGAAAGUGUUGUCGUAUGUCCAUGGAGAAAUCGAGUUCAAGGAGGUGCACUUUAGCUAUCCUUCAAGAAUGGAGACACCGAUUCUUCGAGGAUUCAAUCUCAAAGUAAAAGCGGGGAACACCGUUGGCCUUGUGGGAGGAAGUGGUUCAGGAAAAUCGACUGUUGUGUCCUUGCUCGAACGGUUUUAUGAUCCAAUCAAAGGAGACAUAUUGCUCGAUGGAUACAGAAUCAAGAACCUCAAGCUCAAAUGGCUGAGAUCACAGAUGGGGCUUGUCAAUCAAGAGCCGAUUCUAUUUGCCACGUCCAUCAAGGAGAACAUCUUGUUCGGGAAAGAGAACGCUUCCAUGGAACAGAUUGUGGACGCUGCUAAAGCCGCCAACGCGCAUGAUUUCAUCAUCAAGCUACCAGGAGGAUACGAAGCUCAGGUGGGGCAGUUUGGAUUCCAGUUAUCGGGUGGGCAGAAGCAGAGGAUCGCGAUAGCUAGGGCGUUGAUCAAAGAACCUAAAAUUAUGUUGCUCGACGAAGCCACGAGUGCUCUAGAUACGCAGUCUGAGAGAGUUGUGCAGGAUGCCAUCGACCAGGCUUCCCGGGGGAGAACCACCAUUGUGAUAGCUCAUCGUCUCACCACGGUCCGUGCUGCUAAUAUGAUCGUGGUGAUUGAGUCGGGGAAGGUCAUUGAAUAUGGCUCACACGACAGACUUAUGCAGAAAACGAACGGAGCAUACUCUAAGAUGGUGGAAAUGCAACAUGAGGCACCAUCUCGUCUGUACGAGGGACGAAACCACAAGAAAACAACACUUGGGAGGAUCACACCGAGGACACCUUACAACGUCGUGUCAAGCCCUGGCUCACCCUUUAGCCCGACUUUAUCCAUGAGCUUUGUCCCCUCAAUCAACAUGAUCUCAUACGAUGAGAGUGAUGAAGAAACGACUACCUUAUCCACUCCGAGGUUGUCACAGUGGCGACUGGUCCGUAUGAAUGCCCCAGAGUGGAAGAGAGCCCUGCUUGGGUGCAUCGGAGCAUGCACAUUCGGAGCAGUGCAGCCGCUUAACGCCUACUGCUUGGGAUCGGUUGUAUCCGUAUUCUUCAACGACGACAAAUCAAAGAUAAAAUCAGAAGUCUCUUUUUAUUGCAUCAUCUUCACAAGCAUAGCAGUGGCGGCCUUCUUCGCCAACGUGGUGCAACAUUACAACUUCGCCGUCAUGGGAGAGAGGUUAACCAAGAGGAUCCGAGAAAAGGUUCUCGAAACCAUACUAACCUUAGAGAUAGGGUGGUUCGACAUGGAGGAGAACACGAGCGCCGCAGUAUGCGCGAGGCUAGCAACAGAGGCCAACGUCGUGCGAUGCCUAGUAGGCGACCGCGCUUCAUUGCUGGUUCAAGUCAUCACCAGUGCUUCUGUGGCAUUCAUUCUUGCACUUGUUCUAACAUGGAGAGUUUCCAUUGUGGUGAUAUCCAUACAACCAUUGAUCAUCGCGAGCUUCUACUCGAAAAACAUCAUGAUGAAACGAAUGUCCGUGAUGGCGCAAAAGGCGCAGAAUGAAGGAAGCCAACUCGCAAGUGAGGCAGUGGUGAACCAUAGGACUGUCACUGCGUUCUCUUCUCAGACGAAGAUCCUCGACCUUUUUGUAGCUGCGCUAAAAGGGCCAAGGAAGGAGAGCAUAAAGCAGUCAUGGUUUUCCGGGAUAGGCUUGUUCGUAUCCCAGUUUCUAACCACAGCCGCCAUAACUUUGACAUACUGGUACGGAGGGCGGCUGAUGAACAAUGGACAAGUUAGCUCGAAACAUCUAUUUCAAGUUUUCUUCAUCUUGAUGAGCACCGGGAAGAACAUUGCAGAUGCGGGGAGCAUGUCAUCUGAUUUGGCAAAAGGCAGUCGUGCUGUAGAAUCUGUUUUUGCCAUUUUAGACAGAAGGAGUGUGAUAGAGCCAGACAUUGGUUUCAAGGUGAAGAGCCGGUUAAAAGGGCAAAUUGAGUUGAAUCGCGUCUACUUUUCGUAUCCGUCUAGACCCGAGCAGAUGAUCUUCCAGGGGCUGACUCUCAAGAUUGACGCUGGCAAAACAAUGGCGAUAGUCGGACAGAGUGGCUCGGGGAAAUCAACUGUCAUUGCGCUGAUUGAGAGAUUCUACGAUCCGAUAAAAGGGACAGUGGUUGUAGAUGACAAAGACAUUAAGAGCUACAACUUGAGAAACUUAAGAUCCCACAUUGCACUAGUGAGUCAGGAGCCAACUCUUUUUGCAGGAACCAUACAUGAAAACAUAGUGUACGGAAACAACGAUGCAACUGAAUCUGAAGUCAGGAAAGCCGCAAUGACGGCUAAUGCUCAUGAAUUCAUAAGUUCGUUGAAAGACGGAUAUCAGACAUAUUGUGGAGAAAGAGGAACCCAACUGUCGGGGGGACAGAAACAGAGGAUUGCCCUUGCUAGGGCAAUCCUCAAGAAUCCGUCAAUCCUUCUCCUAGACGAGGCGACGAGCGCUCUAGACAGCGCGUCAGAGAAGUUGGUCCAAGAGGCGUUAGAGAGGAUGAUGGUUGGAAGGACAUGCGUGGUUGUGGCACACCGCUUGUCGACUAUACACAAGGCCGACUGCAUUGCGGUGAUCGUGAAUGGGAAGGUUGUCGAGAAAGGAUCACAUACUCAACUUCUCGAAUACGGGCCAAAGGGUUCUUAUUAUUCACUUAUCAACUUACAGCAUGGACAUUCUAGGUAGAAACAUAA